UGCGCGUGCUCGAUAUGCGCACGCGAGAAGCUGAGUUGGAGGAUCAUGGCGGAACGCAGGAGGCACAAGAAGCGGAUCCAGGAGGUGAGCGAGCCCACCAAGGAGGAGAAGGCGGUGGCCAAGUACCUUCGGUUUAACUGCCCCACCAAGUCGACGAACAUGAUGGGCCACCGAGUCGACUAUUUCAUCGCCUCCAAGGCGGUGGACUGUCUGCUGGACUCCAAAUGGGCCAAAGCUAAGAAGGGAGAGGAGGCUGUGUUCACCAGCAGAGAGUCGGUGGUGGAUUACUGCAACAGACUUCUUAAGAAGCAGUUCUUCCACCGAGCGCUCAAGGUGAUGAAGAAAAAGCCGGAGAAAGACCCCAAGAAAGAGAAGGAGAAGGAAAAAGUCAAGAGCGACAGCAGCAAGGAGGAGGAGAAAAAGGGGAAGAAGGAGAAGGAAAAGAAGAAAGAGUCUGAGGUCGCAGAAACCAAGAAAGAGAAAAGUGACGACAGUCCAGGAACUCCAAAAAAGAAGAAAGAGGUGAAGAAGAAGUUCAAAUUGGAGCCUCAUGAGGAUCAACUGUUUCUGGAUGGAAACGAGGUUUAUGUGUGGAUUUAUGAUCCUGUCCACUUUAAGACGUUUGCUAUGGGCCUUAUCCUCGUUAUUGCAGUGAUUGCAGCCACGCUCUUCCCACUGUGGCCAGCUGAGAUGCGUGUUGGAGUUUACUAUCUGAGUGUUGCAGCCGGCUGCUUUGUGGCCAGCAUCCUGCUGCUAGCUGUCGCCCGCUGCAUCCUCUUCCUCAUCAUCUGGCUGGUGACCGGUGGGCGACAUCACUUCUGGUUCCUCCCCAACCUGACGGCGGACGUCGGGUUCAUCGACUCGUUCCGGCCGCUCUACACUCACGAGUACAAAGGACCGAAAGCCACCGACAGGAAGGGCUCGGACAAGACCGAGAAGGACGGCGGCGCCCAAAAGGCUCAGAAGUCCGACAGCGACGAGAAGUCCGACAGCGAAAAGAAGGACGACGAGGAAGAGGACGAGGAGGAGCGAGAAGAGGGCAAAGAGGCGGACGGGGAGGGAGCUGAGGAGCGCCACUCGGACACAGACAGCGACCGGCGGGAGGACGACGGCUCGCAGCACAGCAACGGAAACGACUUUGAAAUGAUCACCAGGGAGGAGCUCGACCAGCACACUGAAGAGGAGGAGGAGGAAGAUGAAGA